ACUGCCAAAAUGGCUUACACUGGAAGUUCGCCAUUUAUGCCAAGCAUCCGGUGUCACUCGGGGAUAUCCGUAAUUGACUGGUACAGAUUUCAGGCACGAGUCUCCACCAAGGUUACAAAAGCAAUAGCACUUCCUUGAAAUCAUUAGUUGUAAGCCAGUAGACAACGAACGACGUAUGCUGACAUCACAGAGUGGCUCCAGUUCAAGCCAAGGUACUGCUGUUGACCUGAAGCAUGACUGCGUUAAGUUCAUGGAUCUUCUUAGCUUUGCUAGCUUCCUGUAUUCUGGAGGUUUACUGCCAGUCUGAUGACAGUCAUCCCCAAUUUUGCCCUGGUGGUUUCCAGUUCCGGGAUCAUUGUUACUGGUUUAGCACAGAACCAGCUAAAUGGCUGGACGCAAAUAGACAGUGCCUUCAAUAUGGCUCUGAAGUUCAUUUGCCUGUGAUUACCAAUCAAGAACAACAGGACUGGUUGCAUGCGACACUGCCCUAUCGUGAUAUGUGGAUUGGUCUACAUGAUAUCCAUGAAGAUGGACAGUGGUCCUGGGUCGAUGGCACGUACCCAAACUACACUAAUUGGGCUGCUCCUCAUCCGUCGAACUCUUCUGAUCAUAACUGUGCGAUUAUGUCUCGUGUUGGAGGCGUUUGGGUGGAUAAGACUUGUGAAUCCACACACCACUACGCAUGUUCGUCAACACCCAAUUAUCCCAUUUGCCACAGCGGAGGUAUAUUUUUCCGUGAUCGCUGUUACUGGAAAGCAGAGGGAGUCAGGAGAUCCUUGCAGGAUGCCAAGGCAGCGUGUGGAAAGAUUGAGGAGGGAGCACAAUUGGUUGUCAUCCAUGAUGGGGAACUCAAUACUUUCUUAUCCAAGUUAGUAUAUCCAAAAAUAUGGAUUGGUCUUACUGACUCUCGGAAUGAAGGGCACUUUACAUGGAUUGAUGGAAGCAGACUAACAUUCAGGAAUUGGCUGCCAAAGGAGCCCAACGAUUACGGCAGGGGUGAGGAUUGCGUAACAUUGGACUACAAUACAGGCGGCUGGAACGACGUCCCCUGUCAUGGUCAUUUUUACUCUGUGAUCUGUGCUUUACCUUCAUGUAAUGAUGAAGGAUCUGGCGAUUCUGGACCGUGCCUUGAUAGCAGUGAGCAGUGUUCGUGCGUAUCAGGAGGUUACUGCUCAGACGUUGGCAGAUGUCACUGCUUGGAGCGAUUCCACGGCAUGGUGUGUGACAAAGCUGAUGUCAGGGUGAGACUGCGCACCGCGAGUCAUGUGAUGGAGGGUGAAUCAAUCGAGUUCAAAUGUCACGUGAACAUCCCUAAGAGUGACUAUUCUCUUCAAAUUCAACACCUGAUUACACACUCCUCUCACAGACCCCCUUCCAGAAGACAGGACUCGCUUUUAUUUGGAUAACGAGGAGACUGGUUACCACAGGGUUGUAAUAUCCAAUGCCACUAUCAACGACACAGGAAACUAUAUUUGCGUUGUUUCAACAUCUGCUGGUAUAGAACCAUUAACAAGAAUGGACAGCACCCACGUCAAGGUCAAAUCAAAUGCCCCACCUGCUUCCAAGCCAAGAUCCAAUAAAUCCUCCAAAGAAGUGUCGGACAAUACAACAGGCAGCAAUUCUGAAUCUGGAUUGACCGUCGCUGUAGCUGUCUUGGCAGCCUGUUGCAUCCUACUCAUCAUUGUGCUGGUGGUUGUCAAGGUUCUUGCUAAAAGACGGGAAAGGAUGUACGGACCUCGGGUUCGAAUGAGUGCCCUAUUGUCGUGAGGAGACCAGUUUCUAAAAAUAAAAGUACGCUACUCGAUUAAAGGUUGGACAUGAUACCUGACAUCCAACCUUCUCCUGGCAAUGAAUCUGAUUGUAAAUACUUGUUAGGUACCAACGAAAUUAUGUCUGUGUAAGUUAGGUUUCAGCUGAACAGCAAGAGGCUCGUUCUUACCAUCGAUCUGAGAUGGAUAAAUGCAAUUUCGCGCAGAAUUUUGUAAAGCGGGUACGUGCUGGCGUCGGAAAGCCAUGGGAACUUACUACGUUAACUAUGGCAUGUAAGUUUUGUGCGUAAGUUUCAUAACGCGUAAACGUUUACCCUUGCUGUUUUUCAAAUUAAAUCUGUCCAGUAAAAAGUGAAAAGAAACUGUGUCUCACAGGCUGGAAGAAAGCAGCCUAUCCUUAUGCUGUGUACUAGGCCAACGAGCGAAGAAACGCGAGAGAGCUUGACACAUUGAUGGAUGAAAUGAUGGCGAUCUUUGACUAUAGACUGUAAGUCUGGAGAUCUGAAGUGUAUGUCAACUCCCGUUGCAACGAUUAUUCAUAAAGACUUCCCCUUAAGUUAGGGUGCAAAUGGACCAGUUUAGUGGCAAUGAUGGAUCAGGGGGAGUAUCCCAACCAAAAUUUGUGUAUGGAUUGAUUUUUGGUUUGUUUGAUUUGUUUUGUUUUUGGAAGGAGGGUUGUUUCAGAAUUUCCGUCUGUAAAGUUUUGGGCCUUUCCGAUUGAAAGUCAAAUUUAGCAUGCUUUUACACGCCCAGUUGUUUCCCCGAUGGAUCCAAUGGAUGGAUCCAAUCACUGGCGUAUCCAGCAGGGGGCCAACUUGUCCCCUGAUUUUACUUUAUGCUUCAUGGGAUGGGAAAGAAAGUAAUCAGUAGAUUUACUUAUCAAAUAUUAGCACCAAAACCCUAAGAAGACAAGAUCACGAAAUAAAAGUGAGGAUAUUGGGACCGCGAGUAAGGCUUUUGAUAUCAUUUUGUUUGUUCCCCAGCAUCAUUUUUGAAUAUGCUGAACUUAAUGAAACCUAAGAAACCACGUCAUUGCAAAUGAAUUGUGGGGGGGGGUUGGUUAUGUAAUCUCGAAGAAAUACGCAUUUGAGUGUAUUUUUUCCUUCUCCUUAAAUUACCUCAACCUUUAAAUGCUGUGUAUUUGAGAUUAUGUGUUUAAUUUUUCUUCUUUAAUCUACAUGAUUAGUUUGCAUGACUUUUCGUGUUAGAUUUCCUUUUUAUCUAAAAACCUGACUUUGAGAGUUGUACAUAUUGUUCUUUGUUGAUGAUAUGAUUUGGCAGCGUAACAGUGUUAAGUCAAAGUAAGAGUGCCGGCAACAGAUCGGUAUACGUUUCCACUUUGAGAGACAUCCAAGUCAAUCAUAGAACUGACUGAUACGGGCAACAAAAAUUUGUUGUCAGCAUGGGUAUAUAGUCUUGCCAGGUAAAGGCAGUUACGGUUAUUUUUUUGUAGAUAGAUAACAUUGUUCGCAUGGGCUAAAUAUGCUUUUGAAGAACUUGUAAACUUACAAAAAAAACAAUCUUAAGACUGAUAGGCCCUAUCUCGAAUAGUUUACUUGUCUUCGUUUAGUUUGCUUGGUUAAAUACAUUAAAUGCUUAUAAUGACAAUUUGAUUAUAGAUUAAAUAGAAGAUUGAAAUUAGAAAAGGGAAUUUUUUUGCUAUAGAUAUUAUUAUAGCACUGCGUAGCCUGCCAUUUUGUUUUGAAAAAUAUUACCGUAUGCAUACUACACAGGUUUUUAGUCAUUUUCACCAAAUUAGAUCUAAUGCAUGGUGCGUCUCAGUUUAUGAAUACCAUGUGGUUUUAAACAUCCAAUACCGGUAAUAAUUUCUUCAAUUCGUUUGACGCAAAACAAGAACAUUUGCAUAAAAGAGAUUUAACGUGAGUAGGAACAGGUACAGUACUAGAUGCUCACACUUUGUACUCAAAAAGUAACGUGACAUGUCUUUUUGACAGCACUAAUAACAUCAUAAUGAACACCAUUCUUAAGUUUAA